GAUCAAGAAUGGGUAUAUAUAAACUACAUGGUGAUCUUCCUGCUGAGGAUAGGAAUGGUGCUAUGGCUGAUUUUACAGCAACAUCAUCAUCAUCGUCAUCAUCACAUCAUGAUGAUGAUGAUGAAGGCGAUGUGAAGUCCUAUAUGACGACGAAG